UGAAAACUGCAGUAUAUGAACUGUGCAAGUAACAAUAAUUGCUACAGUAAUAUUUUGUUGUAGUGUUUGUAUUUAGUUUAUUUUAAGUAAUUAGUAUAAGAUUUAGUGAAUUUGAAAAAUUAUUUAAUGAAUUAGUACAAGAUAUAACAACGCGUAUCAUUUGUACAUUAGUGAUAUUUGUAUUAUCGUGAACAUUUUUUCGAUUAGCUCACCUAACCAAAUUUCCACAUGUUUUUUUGUUUACUAACUACCAAAACUAGCAAAAAUUAAAAAUUUUAAUAAUUACAUCCAAUGCACUUUGGAAAUAAAUUAAGAUGAGUAAAAAACGUAACCGACAACCAGAUGCAAAUGGGGAAUUAAGUGAAGGUUCAACAGAUUCUUGUAACGAAUCCAAUACUACAGGUAAUAAUUGUCCACAUAUUCCAAAGGCAGUGAAUUUUAAUAAAAUUAAGAAAUGUGUUAAUAAAGUGGGAAUUAGUAUAGAAUGUUCAAUAUGUAAAAAGUGUAAAAAUUCAUCAAAAAUCGAUGAUGAGGAAUGUGUAACAAAUUCAGCAAUACUGAUUUGCUUACAAUGUGGACAUCAAGGUUGUGGAAGAGAAGAAUGUGGUCAUGCUUUGGAACAUUAUAAGAAGCCACAUAGUGAUUGCCAUGUCAUGGUUGUUGAAAGUCUUUAUUGGAGUGUUUGGUGUUUUCAAUGUGAAACAAAGAUUAAUGUUGGAUAUAAAAAAAAGCUUCAAGAAACAGUGGAGUUUAUAAAAAGAUCUACUACAGUAACAAAUUUGUUACAAAUUAAGACGUCAGUAACUCAACAUCAAAAAGAAACCACAGAUAUAGAUAAAGUAGAUAAAGAAAAAAAAUUGCAUAAUUUGCCGAAAGUAGGGGGUUUACUGAAUUUGGGGAACACCUGCUUUUUUAAUGCAGUUCUGCAAUGUUUAGCACAAACUCCUUUCUUAGUCAAAGUUCUUGAUGAUUUACGUCUUCCUGGACAAAAAUUCAUUUUACCAGGAGGCAAGCAUAAAUUUGCUAAUUCAGAGGAAGUUGAUCUACCACCAAUAGAGGGUGUUUUAGAAGGCUGGGGAAGUUUUACCUCAAUUUUAUACAAAACACUUACAGAAAUGCAAAAUACUGAUGGACGCCAAUCUUAUCGACCAUCAGAGUUAUUAAACUCGUUUAAAAAAAAAACAAUGCAAUGUAUGGAUGGAGGACAACAUGAUUCGCAUGAACUUCUUAGACAUCUGCUAGAAAUAGUACGAAAUGAAGACCUCAGAAGGUAUCAAAGUAUAAUUCUGAAAGAAGUUGGCUUGAAUGAAAAAACUAAACCAGAGGCUGUAGAAGAAAGUCUCAAAUCUCGUGUAAAAUUCUAUGGAAAUCAGGCUAGUUCAAGAUUACUUGGACCAGAACUUGUUUUUCGUGGAGUUUUGGUUUCAACGUUAGAAUGUCUGGAUUGUCAUCAUUCUUCACAAAGUACAGAGCCUUUCUUAGAUCUCAGUUUGCCGGUUAUGGCCGAUAAACCGCAACCACCAGUUUUGAAAAGAAAGAGCAAUGGCUUUGAAGAUACGUUUGACAUAGUCGGAAAUAAUAUUUCACAUGUACCUUCAAAACAUCAAUUGAAAAAAGAAAAAAAAGCUGCCCGAAAAAACCGAAAAAGUAAAAAACAAGACAUUCGUAAUCAGAAUGAUACUUUUAUAUCCGACAAAAGUAAUACCGUUGAAGAAAAUAAUGGCGUGCUUGAAUCAGAAGAGAGUGAUGCAGAUGUGGAAGAUAAUGCAGAAAUAGAAGGUCUUCUUCCAGAAGUUGGUGAAUCAGGUUAUAGUUCAGAAAAACAAUCUACAUUAGCAAGCCCAGCUUCUCCAUCAACUGAUACAAUGAAAACCACUACUGAAGUACCAUUAGAUAAUUAUUUACAAUUUAGUACAACAAAUAAUAUUUCCUUAGUACAGCUUCUAAAUCGUUUUGAUACAAAUUCAUUGCCCAGUCCGAGUUUAAAUGUAUGUACACCAAAUUCAUCACAAACAAAAGCUUUAGAUGCUGUAGAUAGUUCUGAAAGUUUGGAAAAUGAAAGUGGAAUCCAAACCAGAUAUUCUGUAUCUACUUCUUUAGCAAUGAGUUCAGAUUUCACGAGUCCAGAAAUUCCAACUGUUAAUUUUACGCCGAUUACGUUAAAAGAAAAUACAAAUUCUACUUCAAAUAUAGCAAAUGGUGAAAGUAUGGAAGAUACAAAAGAAAAUACUAGUUUAGAUUUAACGGAGUCUGUUAAUCAUCACAUCAAACAAGAAGAUUCUACAUGCAAUCAAUGGAAAAAGGAAAGGAGAAAAACAGAGGAACAUUCAAAUGACAUUAAUGGCGGAAUUGAUAACAUCACUUCUGGAAUUUCAAAAAUAGGAAUUAGUGGUAGUCUUCAACAAUCGCCUACUAGAUAUUCAACCAAGGAAGGAGAAUGUUCAAUACAAUCUUGUUUAAAUCAAUUUGCAGCUUUAGAAUUGAUGAGUGGUAGCAAUAAAGUUAGGUGUGAAGCUUGUACUGCCAAAGAAAAAAAGGUGAAGCCAAAUUGUAAGAUGGUAUGCACCCCAAGUACGAAACAAUAUCUGAUUUCUCGUGUGCCUGCGGUUCUAAUCUUUCAUUUGAAACGAUUUCAAGCACAACGAGUCGAUUUCCGAAAAGUAACGAGACAUGUUUCAUUUCCAAUAUUGCUUGAUUUAGCACCUAUCUGUAAAAAUCAUAAAAAAGCUAGAGUUUACGCACUUUAUGGUGUUGUUGAACAUAGUGGAACGAUUCAUGGUGGACAUUACGUUGCUUACGUAAAGUCACGAUUACCACUAACAUCAGAUGAUCCUCGAUGGUCGUUUCUGCCAGCAAAUGAUAAUAAAGAUACGCAUGAAAGUUCAUAUUCUUCAAAUUCUGAGUCUGAGUCUGAAGAAGCAGCUGCAGCUCCUUUAUCAACAAUAGAACCACCCCCUGGUAAAUGGUAUCAUGUUUCGGAUUCUAGAGUAACGGAAGUCGAUGAAACAACUGUGUUACAAAGACAAGCCUACCUCCUAUUUUAUGAAAGAAUUCUUUGAGCAUUUUUUCAGAGCAGAUCUUCUUCAGUCCUUGUUUGAAACAUCGACGAAAUUUGGAUUUUGCAUCAAUGAAAUAAAUCGAGUGAAAAAUA